AUGCGACAUGUCAAGUGUCUAGAUUUCGAAAGCCUUGUUUAUGUUUGGAGCCACUUCAGCAAGAAGAAGGCGGAGAUCAAGGCUAUGAUGAAGAAGCUGUGGAAUAAGCACAACGAUCAAGAUCCGGAAGCGCUGGCGGCGGAGAAGGAAAAGAAUGAAGACCGGCCGGCUCAAGUAGCAGCAGAGCACGCUUCCCACCAGGGAAACUGGCAAGAAGCUGUGCGAGUCAAUCGACUGGCAAGGGUGGCCGGGGAAGAAGAGCGCAAACAAAUCAAGAAGCAACAGGGCGCACUCAAAGAUGGACGGCUGCGGAACUCUGUCGUCCUGCCGAGUCCGCCGCACGAGGGCAAGAAGAAGGAAGACAUGACGGAUGACAAGCGAGUGGAGCGCGGGGCUGCUCCAUGUAGCCAAAAUCUUCAUUAA